UUAUCACCAUCACCAAAUAAUAUCAAAAGCACUUCUUCGUCCUUAUACUACAAAUUGAGCUUCAAAAACUUUCUGCCUUUUCUUUCAUAUAUAUAUAGAUACCCAUCUUAAUUAUCUAACCGAGCAUCCAAACAAAAUACAUCCCAAUAACACCCACACAAAACUUGAUUCAACUUCAAUUCAUUGCACAUAUAUAUAUAUAUAUGCCAAUUUAAAGAGAAACAAUAUAAUGGCAUUAGAGACAAUAAUAUAUCCACAAGGCCAAAUUGGUAACUUUGGAUAUGAUAAUUAUAUGUUACAAGAUCACAUUUUUAGUGCAUAUUUGGAAAAUGAUACAAAUAAUCAUAUCAAUCAUCAUCAUCAUCAAGAAUCAACGACUAGCCUUGAUCACGCAUAUUGUGGUGACCAAUGGGAUAAUCCUAAUUCCUCUUCACCAGAAGAAUGUAAUCGAGUUGACGGAUUUAUUCAACGUGAACUUGGUUCACCCCAAUAUUAUCGUGACAUGAAGGUGGAAUCCAAAAGUGCCACGGCUGCUGGUCCGAAAAGGAGAAAACGUGCCAAGAAUGGUAAGAAUAAAGAAGAGCUAGAGAAUCAAAGGAUGACUCAUAUUACGGUGGAACGCAACCGACGGAAACAGAUGAAUGAAUACUUGGCUGUGAUCCGGUCACUCAUGCCAGCUUCUUAUGCUCAAAGGGGUGAUCAAGCAUCAAUAGUUGGAGGAGCCAUAAAUUUUGUGAAGGAAUUAGAGCAACAACUACAAGCCCUAGAAGUCCAAAAAAGAGCCAACAAUAAUAGCCACUCACCACCACCACAACCCUUUUCCGAUUUCUUUUCUUUCCCACAGUACUCGAUUAGCCCGGUCGCAGAUAACAGUGAUGGUAAUGAUUCAACUACUAUUAUGAAGAACCGACUACCAGCUAUAGCGGAAAUCGAAGUAACAAUGGUGGAGAGCCAUGUAAAUCUUAAAAUAUUUUCAAAAAAACGGCAAAGACAGCUCUUAAAAUUGGUGACUGGUUUACAAUGCUUAUGGCUUACUAUCCUUCAUCUUAAUGUUACCACAGUUGAGCAAAUGGUUCUCUACACUCUUAGUGUCAAGCUUGAGGAUGGAUGCCAACUUAGUACAGUAGAGGAGAUUGCCGAUGCCGUGAAUUGCGUGUUAUGGAGAAUCGAAGAAGAGUCGCUUUGUUCAAGUUAAUAACUUUUAAUUAGAUUCAAUGCUUGAUAGUACGUAUUAUAUGGGUCUUUAUAUAUAAUGAGUUGUAUUAUUUCAAAGUUUAUCAGUAGUAAAGAAUUUUCAUUUGAAGUUA